GCACUGAACAGAUAUUUCAUCUUAGUAAAGAACUCUUGAGCAUUGUAAAUACACCACCACACCAGAGGUCGUGAUCAAAACACUCAGGUCUGUACCGUUAAUCUAUAAUCCAAAACGACAAAACUAAACACUACCCACGAACCACUUUACUAAAACAUUGUUCUAAUAUCAAAACUACUAACUUGCUCAUUCAUUUUAAUAUCCAUGACAUCGUUUUACUUGAAUUUAUCCCUCUGAUAUCAAGAUUAAUUACACUAUCUCCUUCCGUCUGGAUUCAACGAUUUACUCACCAUACGGUUCCUAUGAGCCAUACAUGAAGCACCAUGGACCAGAAACACGAUAUCCUUUACCUUCUAGAAACUUCGCUACUGGGAAAUCAAAAAAAGUUGCAUGGUUUGUGAGUAACUGUAUACCGAAAAGUCCAAGAAUGCAAUACGCCAAAGAACUUUCACGAUAUAUCCCGCUUGAUAUUUAUGGUCAGUGUGGCACGUUAUCCUGUCCAAAGUAUAAUCCGACUUUUACCUCAUCAGAUAGCUGCUUGAAAAUGAUUCGCGAAAAUUACAAGUUUUAUUUGAGCUUCGAAAAUAGUUUGUGUAGUGAAUACAUAACAGAGAAGUUGUAUAAAAAUUCAUUGAAAAACGAUCUACUUCCAAUUGUGAUGGGUGCAUCGAUAGAGGAAUAUGAAAGAGUCGCUCCUCCAUACUCGUUCAUUCACGUUGAUCAAUUCGAAUCACCAGGUAAACUGGCAGACUAUUUGAAGUAUUUGGACAAGAACGAUACUGCAUAUAAUGAAUAUUUUGCAUGGCACGGUCAUGGAAUCAUACAUGAUUACGAUGCCCAACCUCAAUGUGCAAUGUGUCUGCUAGGUCAUACAUCUCAUUCAUUUGGUCCAUAUUGGGUUCCUCGUGUGGCACGAUGGUGGAAUGAUGGAUGUAAUGGUCGGAAAUUGCGUUGGAAUCCAUGAAACAUGAAUAUUGAGAACAGAAACAUUGUUUUAUUGUGGACUGUAUUGAAUUGUAAUGUACAUAGUGCUUUCUGUGGCAUAGAACAAAUUACAUUUGAAAAUGGACAAUAUUUUACACAUAAUAACAAUUCUGGUAUUUUUCAUGAAAACAAUUUCAUAUGGAAUGAUUAUGGAGCAACAUAAUGCUGUUCACUAUUCACAAAUGAUUGUAAUAUGAUGAUGAUAAAGGUAUAAAUGUUCAUAAUAGAGAAGUAUUGGUAAGGAAAAUAACGAAAAUUGGAUUUGAGGGAGGGAAAGUAUUAUCUUUUCAUAUUAACUUUCCAUCCUAAACUUCGACCAAUUUUAAUAUCAAUACCAUGGGAUUUAAUAAUUAACACCGUCUAAAUUGUAGUUUCAACUGAUUCACGUGAAUAUAAAUGAGUUAAUAAUUGGACAAAUGUAAAUAUUAGUCAGUUGGUUAAUGGCAAAACACAGUCGUGUAAAUGAAUGGACAAUAAUAUCAAAGGGUUUAUUGAUUAG